UUAUUUUAUAAACUAUAUCAUUUAUUUACAGUAUUUGGAAAAAAUCGUAAACAGUGGUAUAUAAGUUUGUGCAGGUUCAUGAGGUUGUUUUCUGCAUAGUCCCCUAAGAAGCAGCAUCCUAUACUAUGGCUUCAUGGACAAAAAGGAAAGUGAAGGGAGUGCUGUUGGACAUCAGUGGUGUUUUAUUUGAGAGUGGUGCUGGUGUCCCUAUUGACGGAUCAGUGGAGGCGGUACAGAGACUAAAGACUGCUGGUUUAGCGGUGAGGUUUUGUACCAAUGAGACGACCAUGACGCGAGGAAUGCUGACAGAGAAGUUACAUGUGCUGGGAUUCUCCAUGUCAGAGCAGGAAAUAUUCCCCCCAAUCCCUGCCAUCUGUAAAGUCCUACAGAAACGGAACCUCAGGCCACACCUUCUCAUCAAUCCAAAGGUGGCCCCUGAUUUUGACGGAGUCGAUACAUCAGAUCCUAACUGUGUCAUCCUUGGUGAUGCGACAACAGAAUUCAACUACCACAAUCUCAACAAGGCAUUCCAGGCCUUAGUGGCAAUGAAGGAACCAGUUUUGUUCUCUCUGGGAAUGGGGAGGUUUUAUCGAGAACAAGGGGAACUACUUCUGGAUGUAGGACCUUUUACUAAGGCUCUAGAGUUUGCAGCUGAUGUGAAGGCAGAGGUUGUAGGAAAGCCCUCACAGACUUUUUUCACUUCCGUUUUAGAGGACAUGGAUGUUAGUGCUGACAAUGUUGUGAUGGUGGGUGACGAUAUUGUCAGUGACGUGGGCGGAGCUCAGUCCUGUGGCAUGCUGGGAAUCCAAGUCCGCACCGGCAAAUUCAGGCCUCAGGAUGAGGAACAUCCCACUGUAAAACCUGAUGCAUUUGCGGACAAUCUAUUGGCUGCAGUGGAUCUCAUUUUAGAAGCAUCCAAAUAGUAAACCAAGGAAAAUAAGUCUUCCUGAAAUUGUGCCAUCUCUAAUUAUCCAAUAUCUACAAGAAUAUAUUACAUCAUUAAAUAAAAUUUGUAUGACAUUGUUUAUGUUUAAGUGAGUAAUAUACAUAUGUAUGAUAUGCUUUUGAAAUCAUGUUUUUGAGUAUGUAUAAUAUUAGAGGAAUUUAAUAUUAGCUUCCUCCUGAUUUUGGCAUUUAGCGAUGGUUUAAAUAAAACUAAAAAUAGUGAUGCUAAUAAUUCAAUCCAAAAUAUUUUCCAAUAGAAUAAAAGAUUAUCCUUAUAAAAGUGCUGAAAAAUGAUUAUGCUUAUAAUAAUUGUCUACUUUUAGGAUAAAAUCAAAAAUAGAUUAGGCUUAUUAAAAUUCCGCUGUGUUUGAAUUAAUGUUUUGCAAAUAUUAAAUAUUUUCCUUUACAAAAUGAAAUCUCUAAAUGUGCAGGUCUCUAAUAUAUUACUUGUAAUAAGGUAUAUGCAUGUACAAACAUUUUCUUAGCUGCAUGACACCUAUUUCUAUGCAUACCAGAUAUGUAUGUUGACUUAUAUAUAUGGCAUAUUGAUACAGUACAUAGGUCUUCAACUGUACUGAAUCUGGCUGUAGGCAAAUCAGGCAUAAAACAUCUUAUGUAUUACAUGUAU